AUGGUUGUUCCACGAGCUUCUUCUGUAUUCUGUGGGCAGAUUCCACUUCCAGGCCAAUAUGAUGCCCCUUCUCUAUAUCGUUCUGUUCCAGGCAGAAACUUUGAUGACUCUGAGUCAUAUCUUGCAAAUAGCAAGCAAACUGGUAGAGUUCGUGGUGUGCCUGAUAACAACCUUAUGAAAAGUUAUGCUGCAGAUAAAGAGAAGGCCAGUAAUGUUGCAAAGAUUAAAGUUGUGGUGCGCAAAAGGCCACUAAAUAAAAAGGAGCUGGCAAAGAAUGAGGACGACAUCAUAACUAUAGAGUCACGUUCCAGUUCUCUGACAGUUCAUGAGACUAAACUUAAGGUUGACUUAACAGAAUAUGUGGAAAAGCAUGAAUUUGUUUUUGAUGCAGUGCUGAAUGAGGAGGUCUCAAAUGAUGAGGUAUAUCGUGAAACUGUGGAGCCCAUUGUUCCAAUAAUUUUUCAGCGGACCAAAGCAACUUGUUUUGCGUAUGGACAAACUGGUAAAUAUAGCUUUGUUCAUAUCUCUGAUGGAAUCUGUUACAACCUUUCUAAAUUGGGUAGUCAAGAGAUUGUCAUUCCUCAAUUUUUUUGUACUAAUCAUUACUUAUUGGCGGUUUACCUAGGCACUCUUGUUGUGGAACUUCAUUCUAGCACAUAAAAUUGUGAUUUUUUUUUAUGCUUGCUUGUUAUUGGGCUGCUUUACGCUGCUUUAAUCACACUUGUAACUGGUACUCAAAUUGUUCUCUUGUGCAUUAUACAACUCGUGAUUUUCGUUCUUGUUUUUU